UCGAUUCCCCUCGCUUUAUACCCCCUUCCAUUCCUCACACUACUCCGCCACAUCGCUGAACGCGCAGCAGAGCGACACACUCACAGUUGAAGUGCCAGGAAGGAAGCCAUGACGGAGCUGUUCGACACGGCCGUGACCAGCCUCCUCCACCUGCCGGAGGUGCUGGACCGCCUUGCCGCCGCGGACGGGGAUCGUCGCUCGGCUGGGGACAACGUCCACCACGGCGCGCACGGGCACGGGCACGCCCGCAUCCAUGGCCUCAGCGGCGGCGGCGCACCGGUGGACAUCGUGGAGACCCCCGGCGAGUACACCUUCCUGCUCGACGUCCCCGGUCUCUCCAAGUCCGACAUCCAGGUGACGUUGGAGGAGGACCGGGUGCUGGUGAUGAAGGGCGGCAACGGGAAGCGGAAGCGGGAGGAGGAAGGCGAGGGGUGCAGGUACAUCCGUCUCGAGCGGCGCGCGGCGCCGCGGUCGUUCGUGCGCAAGUUCCGCUUGCCGGAGGACGCGGACACGGGCACGGGCGGCAUCGCGGCGCGCUGCGAGAACGGCGUGCUCACGGUCACCGUCAAGAAGCAGCCGCCGCCGGAGAAGAAUACCAAGUCCGUCCAGGUUACCAUUGCCUGAGGCUCGAGCCGCGGGACGUUGGAGCAAUCAAUCGGUAGUGGCAAUGUAGUCGUAGAAGAAGAAAGUGGGGAGCAGUGGACUGUGAGGGGUAGAACUGUACGUAGAAGGUUGCAUGCUCUGCCCAAUGUAUCCAUGUAGAACAGUAGAAGUCGAUGAUGUGCUUCUUUUGUGAUUUUAGCUACGCUAUGGAGCUAUCCAUGUGCGAAUUACUAUCUGUUAAUUCCCUACUCCUGAAAACUUUUCGUUUGUGUUCCAAA